AUGGCAUUUUUCACCGAGUUCUACCUGACCACAGUGUGGAACUUCAAGCCGAAUGUUGUCCGCCGAGUAAUUGAUGAUUUUGCUGGCAUGGGACUGGCCCAGGCCGAGUUCACCUACGACAGCGAGUACGGGUGGUUUAAGGUCACCUGUCUUGAGGAGCAUGCAAGCGAGAUUCGUAACAAAUUUGUCAUAUUGGCUUGCGCAAUUGAAGGCAAUGCGUUCGACACCUAUGAGGACGGAAUGUUGGAAACGAACGAUACGCUCCGGGUACAUCUCCUCCACAGAGCCACCGUCGACCACGAGUGGUUUACGCAACUGUCAGACACUGCCACGACCCGCGGAAUUGACGAGCCCUCCGCAUCGUCCUGUCUUUCUCAGCCGCUGACUGAAUCCUCGCGCACUGCCCUAUGGGACGACCUCGACAAAAACAACGAGCCAUACACGGUUCACCAGAUCAUGACCGUGAGUGAGCGUGAUCAGAUCCAAGAGGAUCUGCGCGUCGAACUGUCCUCACGUCUCGCCGGAAAACUAGUGUAUAUCACUGGUCAGAGCGAGGAGUUCAUCCGCAAAGCUCGGGAUAGACUCAGAGUCAUGUUGGCCAUCGAGUUGGAGGAGUCCUACAAGAUAAUCUAUCAGCAGGCAGCCUCAAUCCGAAUUUGCCCUUGGUCUCCUCAGCGGGGUUCUGUCCGAGACAGGGACAGGACGAUGCUGGGAAAUCGGCCUACCAUCUUCACCAGGACUCUUGACCUGCUUACAUUUUCCGCCGACGAGUUCAUCUUGCCUGAACAGCGUGGCAUGGUGAAGGCCACCAGCAAGGUUGAGACCUGGAUUGAGAAUGUUGAGGCCCAAGCCGACGCUGCCACCGACACUGCACAAUCCAUCCUCAAUGUCCAAGGUGCUAGCCAGCCUUCACCAGCACUCGCGGAUGAAGAUCUCAUCAAUUUUGAAGAGAAGCCGGCAACAUCCCACCGUGGACCUGCGAUUGGGGCAUCGACUGGAAAGCCAGACACGACUCUCUUGGAUGAUAACAACCCCAUCCCAUCUUUAUCCCAAGACUUUUCGGCACUCCGGGGCGAACCAGGUACGUUAGGUGCGAGUACUACGUCCAAUCACCUGCUCACCGAGCCCGAAACCGGCCACGACUGCCUCGUCGACAUGCUGGCUGCCGUAGCCACUCCCGUCUUUGAGGGUGCUUCUACGUCGAAAGUCUGCUGGCAAAUACGUCCUCUUGUUCCCCCGCCUUCGGAAUUUGAGGAAGAUGGUAGUAGCACAGCUAACUGGGAAGAAUACCUUUCAGUGUUGGAGAAGAGCCCAAGGCGAAGUGGGAAGGCAGCAACACACUCUCAAACAGAUCAGCGGCGUCCGCAGCAGAAGAUGACAGCGGAUAUAAAUGGCAUCGAUGCGCAGCCUACACCGACGCCAGAUCAAGAUCCCGAUACAAGAAUCCCCAUUUCCUUGCUCACCACCGAAGCGUUCAUCAAGAGAAUUGAAAGCGCUACGGCCAGAGUGCUGUCUAUGAGCCCUUACAGGCGCGGCAGGCUUGUAGCGAGAGCCGAGUUUGGUCGCAUCAUUCUGGAACACGGCUUGGUGAGGAGGCUAACUCGGGAUUUCGGCAAGAACCAGGACAUCCACUUCACCAACAUCCUAUCGACAUAUGCCUGCGACGUGAAGGACAUGAUCAAUAUGACGGCAAACGGAGCUCGUCUUUGGAAGGAGAAUCCCACCCGCGCUUGGACUACCUACUCUUUCCACUGCUCUCUGAACGCCACUCAUAAACCUCGUCGUUUCGUUGUCGACAUUGAGGAUGAUGGCGCCUCAAGUGGCUUCUCCUUUCUGAUCCGUCUGCCCAGCGAUGUUUCCGACAAAGGUGAGCAAAUGCCCGUCUACAUCCAUGCAAUCCGUCGUCAUUGGGACUUGCGGAUUACGGUGCCCCAUGCUAGGCAGGAGGGUGUAUCGGGGGCGUACCUUUCUCUUGCCACGACGCUGCUGCAGUCUUUGAGCGUCUCGUUUACCGAAAAGGGUUUGCCACUGCUCUGCUUCGCGGUGAGGAAGGACUUUCACGUGGCUGUCAAUGAGGUUCGCGUCCUGACCAAGUGGCGCCAUGCCAGCCUGAGCGGCAAGAGCGCCUUCGAAAUUACGGAAGUUCAGCAGAUGGAGAUGGUGCCCUGCUCUGAAGGUGUCUACUCCGGUUAUGGUGAUUCAUGGGAAGGGAAGCUCGCCCGUCCCUGGCCCAGCCGGAGAAUUCGAGACAACCGAGCCAAAGGAGAGAUCCCAAGGUGGUACGAGGCUGCCGUGGUUUCUCUCGAGUUGGAGAAGUGCCGCCGGCAGAACAUUGCCUUGAGGGUCGGCGAGAAGGCCAACUGGGCCGUGCAGGACCUAAAAGCCCGCGGGGUCUUUUCCACUCUGUAUGAGCCAGCCUUGCAUAUGGUGGCCCAGAUGGAUCAUGUAGGCAAACUGGACGACAACAAUUUGUCGCAGGCCUAUGGUCAUCUGCUGCAACGACCCAACAAUCCUGGCCACCAUAUGCCGGGGUGUUGUGGGCCUGUUGGAGUCGACGUUGGGAAUGGCGAGAUCAUUCUCCAGGGUGACGGACAUGGUGUUGACAUGGUCUACAAGGCCAUGAGGUGCAGGAUGAGCAGGAUGGGUACCAAGAAACUGAUGUGUGGGAUGAGCUGGAGGAAUGUUCCCGCUGACAAUUUUGAUUUGCUUUCCGGGCUGUGGAGUGCUGCUCGGAGGUUCAUGUCUGACGAUGGAUGCGGGCAUAGUCAUGUUGAUGGAUGA